UACGUCUGUAGCGUAAGUUUCGGUAAUAACGCUAUCAGCGUAAAAACACGCCAUUGGAAUUAUAUUAAGACCAUCCGAUUUUUUUUUUCCUUUUUUUUAGGUCAUUUUCAUAAUUAUAAUUCGUUUGAAACAUAAUCUAAAAUUUAAUGGCGUUUAAAUGCGAAAUUCAAACAGACAAAAUAUUUGAGGAAACGGAUGUUAUUGUGUUACUUUCGAAAUAUUUAAAUCCUUUAGAUAGUCUUCUACGAUGUCAAAUCUGUUUUGAAUACUUCGACACUUCCAUGGUAACGAAAUGUAGUCAUAACUAUUGUUCAUUUUGUAUUCGGAGAUAUAUGCAGUACAAAAGUCAGUGCCCUAUAUGUUUUAAGGUUGCUACAGAACCAGAGCUCAGAAAUAAUAGGCUCAUUGAUGAAAUUUUACGUGUGUAUAAAUUGAUAAGAAGUAGUCUGUCUGAUGGAUGUAAGUCUUAUAAAAAGGAAACAGAUUUGGCAUCUGAUGCAUGUAGAUCUUAUAAAAAAGAAACAAACUUGGUAUCUGAUGCAUGUAUAACAUGUAAAAAAGAAACAGAUUUGGAAAAUAAAGCACCAGGUUCUACUGCAGAAUUAGACAAUACUAUUCUUGCUGAGGUGGGUAAAGAUUCUGAAAUUGGUGAAAAUGUUAGCAAAAAGACAGAUACCAUAAAUAAGAUUUCUGCUUUUGAUGGUUCCAGUGAAGUAUCUUGUCCUGUAUGUUAUAAAACUAUGCCAGAAAAAAGAAUCAAUAUUCAUCUUGACUAUUGCUUAAAACAAAAGGACAAUGAAGAUACUUCUCAAAGGAAAACGUUACCCAAAUUAGUGUAUCAUUUGCUAUCCGAGAAGGAAAUCAAGAAAAAAUUGAAAGAACAUGGACUAAACACAGUAGGAGAUAGACAGACUUUAAUAAAAAGACAUAAGAGUUUUCUUACAUUAUAUAAUGCCAAUUGUGAUGCGUUGAAUCCCAAACCAGUAACAGAAAUAAUAAGAGAAAUUGAAUGUCAGGAAUUAGAAGAGAGACUGAACGAGCAGCCUAAAACAGUACAAGUUAAUAAAAAAAGCGAUCCAGCUGUGAUAGAAAAGGAACAUGAAUCCUAUGCAAAACGGCACCAGUCUCAGUUUAAUACACUCAUAAAUGAUAUUCAGCAAAGAGAAACUGCUAAUACAGUUUCUAGCAGCAUCAUAAAUUCUGCUGGAAAUAUCAUAGGUGAAAGUAUAAUCACUGUGCAAAAUGAACGAUUUGAUUUACCUGCAGCUGUUGUAUCUUCUGAAAAGAAAGAACUACAUACCAUAAUUAAUAUAAAAGAUGAAAUGCUUUCACCUGAGAAUAUUACAGAGCAGCAAUCUUUAAGUGCAAAACAUAGGAAAGAUAAGUUUUCAACAGAUUCUUCAUCACCAGCUUCAUCAUUAGACGACUUUGAAAUUGGAAAAACCCAACUGCACAGAUUUCGAAAGAGAAAGAAGUAUAAAAAGAACAUGUGAGAAUAAGAAGUAAUUUUGUAUAUGCCCUGUAAUUCUUAAAUGAAUUUCAUCAAAAACUAUGAUUAUGUUGAUUUUCAGUUUUUCUAAUUAUUUAAAAAUUUAUGUUAUAUUUUCAUUAUUAUAUAUAAAAAUAGUGCAAUAUUAUUUUUAUAUUAAGUUAAUGAUUGUGCAUUUUUUGCAUGAAUUAUG